AUGCUCACCACCAGGAACAUAGUGCUGCCGCCUGGCGAAGGGGAUACCAAAACGCCCCCUAGUGACUGCCCCGCAAGCAUUUCCAGUCUCAGUGACCUCCCGGAGCGCAAAGGUGGCAACACGUUUAUCACGUACAGGCUUGCUGUCAUCAAUGAGGACCUCGAAGACAUUGAACACCUAGAGGUUUGCCCGAGAUCAAGUUCCAGUCUGCGCGUCCCGGGAGACUCGUAUCAGCCGCCGAUACUGUCACAUGAGGCGCUUGUCUCCCCCGAGGAUACCAACGACGAUGGGGCUGGCAGUAAUCAUCAGCUUGGCUUUCCGUCAUUGCAUACCGGAUCGCCGGGCUCGGGCGUUGAUUUAUACCGCCAAGUGAAUCGCUCAACUUUGGACGACAUGCUGAAGAAUAUCGGGGAACGGCCAUCCGCCGCCACCGCCGCCGCCACGCCAGAAGAGGCGGCUCAAGAAGGAGCCGAGAAGGAGGAGACAAGCGGGCAGCUGUCGCUCGACAUGCCGUGGCGCGAGCGCUGGCUAGGGGCCACAGAGGCAACCAUAGCACCGACAACCUGGGUCUGCGAAAAGACGAUCUGCGGAGACCAUGUGUGGGUGGCCCUCGAAAGCAAGGAGAUCGACUGGCAAAUGGUCGCCUGGGACCAGACACCCCGGAAGGUGUCGCUCCACUUCAUGGAAGGCGGCAUUCUUGUGGAGGACCGCACGUUACGACUGGACCGCUAUGCCACUGUGGCACCGGCGGAUACUGGGGACGAUCAUCUCGUCGAGGAGAGCCGGAUUAUCCGGUCGAAUACGGAACCAGUACCAGGCUUUCAUGAUUGGAAUGAAAUGGCGCGGCUGACGCCCGUAAACUCCGGAUCUGUACCGGAGCGAAUGAGAGAACGUGCCCUACGAAAAAGAAGAGCAUGCCACCGGAGGACCAUCGGAGUCAUAACACAGCGCAUUCGGAAUUUAUUUUGCAAAUCUUGUAGGAAGAAUGGCUCACAAGGUUCGGAGACCUUCUCGGGGGACGACAACCACCAGGUGGCCAAUUUAGCAUGGGACAGAGUCGGCCCCAAGAACGAGCACCUGGCCGGUUCUAGUAACGGCCUUGUGAUUUGCCGUUGUUAG